UUAAGAAGCAGGGACGACGCACGAAUAUCUCGACAUCGACUCGAAGAGUAUAAGCGAUCCCGAGGGUUACCCUUUUGAUCUAGCCGGGCUGCUUCCGCGUAUUCCGGGGAUGCUGCGCGCGCGCACGGAGGGUUGCGCUCCGCGGUCUCAUCUCGCAGUUUCGCAGCCUCCCUUUCGCGACCCGUAUCAGGUCUACCACGGCUCAAUCGGAGGUGCGUGCCAGUAAUUUCCCGUAAUUUCAUCGUCCUGGACAGCCGGGACAGGAGGCACUUGGCGUCCGAUCGUUAUUGCUGAGAAUCCCGGACCCGGUUUUCGGGUCCGGUCUCCCUCGUCCGGGUCACGCUCGAUUCGGAUGCAUCGCUCUGCGUCGGAAAAUGGAAACCGUAAUUGUAACGCAUCAAGAUCUGCCAGAAAAAGGAGAAUGAACUUUUCACACGCGAAUAACAUUUACGAUGGCCGUGCAAACAUCGAGAAGACAAAUAAUAAGAACGAGAAAAAGGGAGUCAAGUAAAUAACAGAUAAAGAUUUCAACCUUAAAUUUUUUCAACAUAAUUUACCAUUUGUCUUAAAUGUAUUAUCGGUAGCUGAAGGAAAAUAAAGGACAAAAAUCGCGAGAGUGGCAUUUUCGACAAUGUAAAGAAAGGAUUGAGACAGAUUUAUCUCUUUAUAUCGCCAUGUUCUUAUAACACGACGUUUGAUGAUAUUGCUAUUUGAGGCAAAAUAGAAUGAGUAUCCGAUACGCUAGCCUAUCGUAAAGGCUCGUUACAGAUGAAAUGACGUGUUUGAGCAAUCGUAUGCGUAUAUGUAUAACAACGUAAAACUUACACAUAUACAUGUUUACAAUACAUAUUAAUCGAGCAAUUUCCAUGCAUCUCUCGCAAUGCUCUCAUCUCCGAAACGAAAGAGAGAGAAAGAGAGAGAGAGAGAGAGAGAGAGAGAGAGAGAGAGAAAUGAAAUCAAACGCGAUAAAUUGAUAUGGAAUCUAAAACAUUAGAACUAGACGCAAUAAUAAUGUGAAAGAGGAAGAGAAAGAGAGUAAAAGAGAAGACAUAAUGAUCGUAGAACCAAGUAUACAACAUAGACCGGCCGAUUAGUUUCAUCCUCCUAAUCGAUACGGAAUUCGUUUAGCCGGCAAAUAUCCCGGUGAUGUAUCGUCAAGCACGAAUGAAAUGGCAGAAACGAUGGAACACAAUCGUACGAGGUACGCCAAAAGGACAGCUAGGAAGCUGAAUCUCACGUCGAUGACGUUCCUUCCUUCCACCGUGGUCGCGGCCGCGAUUAACGCCGAGACGACGAUACAUCCGACUAAUCCGUCCACGGUAGCGACAGACGAUCCUGCAGCAACCGUCACUACCGUCAAAUCUUCUCAUCACGUCCAUAACACGACGGAAUACCUGGUCGAGCAUGAUGAGCUGGAGCAUAAUAUCCUCGCCAACUUUUCGGACAUACAGACCGUUUUACUCGCAUGCAUAUCGACAUUAUUACCGCUGAUUAUCGCCUUGGGAAUUGCCUUUGGCGUCAGGCACGUGUGGCAAAAGUAUCGAAACGGCCGAGACAGCGGGCAUGUCCCGGUUUUCCCCAAAAAUUUACCUUGGUACAAGAGCGCGUGCAACCGCGAUAGCGCAGUCGAGUUCCAGCAUCAGCAUCCACAUUCCGGGAAUGUUCCCGUUCAGACUGCCACGAGGGUUCUCUCCGCGCAGGACUUGGUGGAUAGCUUAGAUGCACCCCGAUAUAUAUGCGAAACAGAGGUGAUAGAAGACGUAAAUGUCACCCCGGCAGCGACGAUGAUGGAGUACACUACUUCUGGUAACCAUACUAGCAAAAAUUCAAACGGAAACAUCAUCACCCUUACUCUCAAGAAUAAUCAUCUUAUCGUAGAAACGGAGGAACGUGCGGUAACAAUGGAAGAUAAACCCACAUCGAGAUACAAGGAUAGCGGAUGCUCAUUUGUGGUAGAGAUACAGCCGGAUUAUGAUAGAGAAGAGACGGAAGGUACCAAAGGAUCUUCCGACGACAUGACGGCCGGUGUCACCGAUCAACAGGCUCUGGUACAUAGAGAGGAGAUACCAGACGAUAGAUCUUCAGGUUUCGAAAAUACGCGAUUGUUCGGAAGCACCAAUACCGGUCUGUCGCAAUCGGAUCUCUCGAUAUCCAGUCAAGGCUCGGCCAAUCCGAGUUACCGCUAUGGCAAUCAGGUCGAAUACGAUUCUGGUCAUCUCGGUUAUCCUAUGUAUGGCGGUAGUUACGAGUCCGAUAUACUAUCGAGAAAGCUGGAGGGACGAUCCAAAUGGGUCGAAUUCGAUAAAUCGCCGGACAUAGAGAAGAUACUGUUGGACGAUUCCAGAAAUUUGACCAGCGAGGAGGAUGAAGACAAGAGUCCGCAGUUUUUUGGAAAAUCAAAAAACAUGUCGUCCCUGCAAGACGUCGUGAGCGCAGCGAUACGCGAGGGCACGUUGGAGAUUGACAGUUUGCCAAACGCCGUGCGAUCGAAUCCGAAUCUUCAGGUGAACGGCACGACGCCCAACAAACUGGAGAUUAUGGAGCAGAAGGCUUUGAGCAACGAUUUCUCCAGCAAGACGGAGGGUAACAAGCCCGUGAUAACCGGCGCGCUGCUGAAGGAUGACGUUCAGGAGGAUGCGUUCCAGGAGCAGCAGCGUAAACUGGGUAACGGCACGCUAACGCCCGAGCACAAGGACGACAACAGGAAGACGGAUCGCAAACCGGAAGGUAGCGUCUUCGUGCCGAGUCACAAGCGAGCGGGCAGCAUCCCACCGCGAUUGAUCGAGGAGACGCUCGAGAUGGAUCGUAAGAAGUCGCUCGACAUCUAUAACAAGUACAGUCAAAUCAAAACGAGCACCAGGGGUAUGUUACCGAGCUUAAGUCCAAAGUUCGAGUUGCUGCAGAACGAGGUGAGCCCGAUCGAGGAAAUAGAGAGUUAAUGGGCUCACGAAUAAGGGGUUGGGGAGGGGUGGACGUGCGGGGAGGGGAAAUGCAACGCCCUCGAGGGUAAACUGCAACGAAAGAUACUAGUCCAGGGAUUAUUGAAGAAAUGCAGCGAAUACGAUCGCACUUGUACGGCGAAUAUAGUGCACUUGUAGGAAUUAUAUUACUUGGUAUAGCGAAUUUAUAUGUAAAGGGGAACUUUCUCGUACCGUGAUGGUCGAUCGCGCAGAGAUCAUAAUGAUCUCGCGAAUCUAAGCCGACUAAAUGAGUACCUAGCUACGUAAAUACCGUGCGACGAGGAAGAUUUAAUGUGAGAGAUUAGCUUUUAUUAACAUAUAACCGAUUCAACCGAGGAGAAGAAAGGACGCAGUCGCCGCUUUAAACGCUCUGUCUCCACAACAUUCUCUCUAUUCAAUAUUUUCAAAGAUCCACAUGAUCAAUUAUAAUGACUCGUUUCUCUUUUGUGAACAUAACGGCAGGUGUAAUAUAUAGACAGACAUGCGACGGUAUUCUUUCUCAGUAUAGUUCAGAAAAUCGCUUCUUUCGUUUAAGAUACGACAAUUUAAGAUGAUACUUCCUUGACACUUUUUAUAUGGACCAUGCUAUUAAGUCUGCAUCGAUAGAGAAUUUCUCGUGCUUGAAACAAACAAGUGAUAAUGAUCAAUGUUAACAUGGCAGUAAGUAAAGUACACGCCGAUCACGAGCGUAAUCAAAAAACAUUAUAAAUAAGAGAAUCUUCUUUUCAUCAAUUUCACAUAGACGUACAUAUUAUCCCUAGUGAUAGUGACGUAGUAGUCAUAUUUUGUGAGAUUAACAUUAACAAUAUUAGAAAAUAUUCAUAAAUGACACUCACACAACUUCCUCUCUAAUUUCCUAUUUUUUGUUCAAGAUAUAUAAUUGUAUUUUCGCAUCUCCUUUUUUGCGAAAAUGUGUUGUCAUCUCUUAAUCCUCGAAAUAUUUGUGCUAAAAUAUAUGAUAUAAUUAUUUAAAUCAAUCUCUUUUAAAUUAAAAUUAAAAUGAAACAAUAAACAGUAAACAACUCUUUUAAAUUAUUUAUUAAGGGAAAAAAUAGUUAAAGUUACUUUGAUCUUAAACAGAAAAAAUUUUAAAUAGAUACAAGUUGCUUUUUCUUUUAGCGUUUAUCUAAUUUUAAAAGGUGUCGUAAAAAGAUGACAAAUUAAAUGAAAUUCCUUUUUCGUAUAAAAUUUGUGCUAAAGUUUGGGUUACCAUAAGUUUACUAACAUCCCUGAUCCAAGGUUAAUCAUUCGAGUAUCACCUUCAUAACAAUAUUGUAGGUACGUCAUAGUAAAUUCUUUAGAAUGUAAGACAUUUCUAAACAGUCGUAUAUUUAGUAGACAAGUCAGUAUACAUAUACGUGCGUCGAAUGUAUAUACAUUAUAUAGGAAGAUACACACGUAAUAUAAAGAGAAGCACGUCGUACAUAUAGACACGUAUACGCGCGCGCACAAUGUUAAGCAUUUUUUAUUAGCUUUAUAGGCGUUUCAGAGGAUGUCGAGUCGACGCUUGAAACUUAACGAUUACGUGGAUUCUAGUGCCAAAGUAGUUUUCUAAGGCGUCUCUCGCUAUGGCGAUUCGCGCGAGAGAGAUAAAAAAAAAAAAGAGAAUCGUUUAUCUGUGUAUAACUACGUUUCGAGGGAAAAACAUUAUGUUAUUAAUAUUUCAGAUUUUAUAUGCCUACGUUGAAUAUUAUGAAUGUUAUCGGAGAUGUUGGCUUUGUGAAGCUCCGUGUCGUGAAAAGUUUCACGAGAUCCUAAAUAUCCUUAAUCUGUAUAGCCGAAGAGAGUCCUUUGUGUCCGAUAUUUCAACACCUUCCAAAUAUUAACGUAUCGCUACUUCUACUAUCGUUACUAUAUUGAAAUUUUGUCUCCAUAAGUAAAGAAAUCAAAAUGAUUUGUUUCGAUAUGCAGAUCAUAUCCGCGCGUCGCAAAUCAAUUGCACGAAUGGCAUGAAAUUUCGCAAUAUUGGGUAUAAAUUGGAUGAAGAUGUGAGUUUGAAAUUUUUAAAUUCUGUCCAUAAUUAAAUGUUUAAUCUCUGAUACAACAGAAUUUCGUCGAUCGUGAUCAUGUUCGAAGUAUUUAGAUAAUGUAGCGACGUUGAAGAGAUGUAGUAUCGGUGUAAUUUGGCAACACAAAUAAUAAAGAACAUAUCUUGGUACUUGAAUAAAACAUAUUUUCCAGCGUACAAUUAACUUUGCUUUGUUUUGGUUGCGAUUCAAAAACAACGUUCUUCGUCUAUCUAUCGUUCGACGCUAAUUGUUAUUUAUUACCCGUGUACUGAUUUGUGAAAUGUGACAUAGAGGCAAAGGUCUUCGAACGUGAUCAUUACAGUAUGUCGGAGAAAGAGGAGAAUCUCUUAUCUUCUCUAAAUAUUUAAACGUCUCCAUUUGCGAUAUAAGAUAAUUGCCGAUAGAGCAUGAUUUAGAAAAGAUUUGUCAUAGAUAUAGAUUUGAAGCAUUUGAAGUAUUACAACCGCGAAAGUAGAAGUCGUCCGCGAAUGCGAGAUUAAGAAGAAAGAGAAAAAAAAUAUUAGUGAUCGAGAUUUAAUUGCGCGUUAUAUUUUAUCUCUCCACAAUAGAAUAUUAUUAUCUUAUCGCACCCGUUAAACGUAUGUUAAGAAUUCGCAGUGUUCUUUAAAAAUAACAUGUAGAACAUACAUUUUCACGCGAUCGAAAUGACGCUCAUACAUGAUUGUUUGUUUGUACAAAUUUUAAACAAAAACGCAUACUCAUCUAAACAUAGUAUAAUAAGUUAUGGCUUCCACAUAUAUAUUUAAAUUUAUAUAUUUUAUAUUCUAUAUAUUGUUCUAUAUAUAAAAAAAUAUAUAUUUAUAUAUUAUAUUUAUUAUACAGAUAUAUCUCUAUAUAUCUUGUAUAUUUAUUAUAUCUGAAUGCGCGCGCAAAGAUUAUAAUUCCGUUGAUUAAUUAUAUAAGACAAGCACAUGCCUCUGCGCGCGCCGUUUUAUGCUUUUUAAUUACAUUUUGUCUUAAAAUAUAUAAUCCAUUUAUUAGAUUUUUUUUCUAUAUUAAAAAAAAUAUAUAAUUAAUAUUAAGAGAGAUUUAAUGUAUAAAAUUUUUGUUGGCGAUCGAUGAUUAAUAAAAAUUAUGUGAUUAAUAUCAAUUCACAUGGGAUGUAUGCAUAAUUCUUUCUGCAGAGCAGAAUAAUAAGAAGUAUAGUCUGUUUACGGAACGACGCUCGAUUGUAUUAAAAAUCUACGAGCUCUAUAGUUGAGAUUAAUUAAAUAUGUUAAAAGUGCUAAGAAAGAGAGAUAUUGACGCGAAUGUAAUCGCGACUUUCUUACGUAAUUAAUGAAUUUGGACUCGCUAAAACACGCGUCCGUCCUUCUCUACGUCGUAUUCUCGAAUAAUUAGAGAUUAAAGAUUAAUUCUUUCAUGCGCUAAUUAUUUGAACGUUUAUUCCCUUAUACUGUAAAUUUCACAAUUCUUUACACGAUAUAAAAAUUUUCAUAAUUUUCUGCAUUAUUUCUAUAUAGCUACGAACAAAUUGUUAUAACAAUUGUUUUAUUUCAUUGUAAAUUGGAACGGAAUUUUGCGCACAUUUGCGAAAAUUGACAUUGCGCAUGAGAGGAUUAAUGCGAAGACCUUACCAUAAAAACGCGUAAAAGAAAAAUUAAUAAAGAUAUAGAGUAACUGAUGAGAGAGAGAGAGCGUGUGUGCAAGCUUCAACGUCGGAGACUGUUUUAAUAUUUUAUAAGAUGCAAGCUACUGUUUAAAAAUAUCAAUCGCAAUCUUUCGUAUUCAGCAUUUCUUUUUUUUUUCAAUAUAACUGGUAAAUCGAAAGUAAUGCUAGUUGCGGUCAUUAUGUAAUACGGAAACAACGUACGUGCGAAAAUUUCUUACAUGCUUUUAUUUCUACCAGCCGCUAAACUAUCUCUGUACAUGUCAACUUAUUUUGCAAAAUAAACUAUUAGGCACGAAUAAA